GUGAGCGCUGGGGCUGGGCUGGAGUGAGCUUUCCGCGUCCGAGAGCCGCGGAACCCCGCAGCGAGGGGGAAAACACGGAGCCGGACUUUUGACCCGAGGCUCCGGGGCCGAGCUGACGCAGACGCGCAGGAGACCCCAGUCAAGUAUGCCUGGCCAGAAACCCAAAGUGCUUCAUUGAGGAGGCCGGGGAUUGAAGGAGUAAGGAAAGCUGGCAUCACAUGAACAUCAGUUUCAUCUGAAUGAGAAAGGCAUGUGAUUAGGGUCAAGGGGAAGAGAUGAAGGUCGGUGGAACAGAAGCAAGUCAGUUUUGAUUCAGCUCCAUUAUGUCUUCCCCAAAAAUUGCUUCACUGUCUUGGGGUCAAAUGAAGGUACAAGAUUGUAGCACAGUCUAUAAGGACUGCAAAGUGUGGCCAGGGGGUAGUCGGUCCUGGGACUGGAGAGAAACAGGAACUGAGCAUUCCCCAGGUGUGCAGCCUGCAGAUGUGGAGGAAGUAGCCAAGAAGGGGGUCCAAACCCUUGUAAUUGGCCGUGGAAUGAGUGAAGCAUUGAAGGUGCCAGCAUCUACCGUGGACUACCUCAAGAGACAAGGGAUAAAUGUCCUGGUCCUCCAGACAGAACAGGCUGUGAAAGAAUACAAUGCUCUAGCUGCUCAAGGAGUCAAAGUGGGAGGUGUCUUCCACUCUACCUGCUGAUGGCACCUUCCAAGUUUAGAAAAAAAUAAAACUGAUUCAUGAAUGUGACUUA